GCAAGAAUACCAUGGUAUUUCACUUUGGUGUAUGUACUCUAGUCUAAACUAUCAACGUUAUGUUGUAUGCACUUGGAUUGCAUACUGUGCUUGUUUUUUUUCUAAACAAUAAAUGAUAGUACACUUGCGGCUUUUAUUUUUCAUAAUCAUCGCAUAUACGCGACAUGCUCUCAUGAGACAUAUUACAUACAAGCAAUGAUGUCUGCAUGCAGCCAUGUAUGUAUGGGAUGGCGGAAGCCAAGCCGGGAAUUUGAAGGGGCAAAGGGCGCAAAGUGGGGAAUAUCUGACAUGUGUGUCUAUAUUUUCAACAAGCGGAAAACAUCGGAGAAACACAUGCUAAACACGACGUGCGAGGAUGCCUGGAAAAACCCCGGCACACCAAGUCUCUCAGCGCCUAGAGCACCGCAGGAACACUGAUCGGCUUACAUGGGCAAGUGGAGGAUGCUACGAUAGCGAAUCGGUACAAGAGAAGCGUGCAUGCGGGAUUUGAAGGUGUGCUACCCCACGAUUUGCGUAAAGACUACAGAGUUGUUGGGUAAAGGAUUUUACGACAAGCGAGCGGGUUGCCGAACAUCAGUCGGGCAAUGCAGCCGAUAGACUUGUAUUGGAGUAGUGCGGAUUGGUGGAAGAUCUGCAGUACUCGGACCGACUCUGAAAACAAAUGGCUAGAU